UUUAUCUUCACACGGCCAGUGUUGAACCUCUGAAUGUUUUACAGAUGUUAGAAAUCGAUUCUCUGAGAGUCAACCUGCGCUUGGACGGCGUGUUGGUCAGAGAGCUGUUUGAAGUCAACUGGCGAUACGAGUCUGGUCUGGUGACCAACAUAGAGCAAAUGGUGGAGGAGUACCGUCAGAUCAGAGGACUUGAGCCUGUUCGUGUGUGUGUGCUGGGUCCUCCUGCAGUGGGUAAGACUACAGUAUCAAAGCUGAUCGCUGAACACUACAAGAUCCACCACUUGACCGUGAAAGACACCAUCGCUGAAACUAUCUCCAGACUAGAGGAAGCAGUGAAAGAACCUGAAAGCGAGGAAUCGGCGACAGAGGCUCAGGAGCUGCUCAACAACCUAAAGGACAGUAUGGAGCAAAGUGGAGGUUCUUUGGACGAGCAGUUGUUGGUGAAGUUAAUGAAAGAAAAGCUGAUGUCUAACCCAUGCAGAAAUCAGGGUUAUGUUUUGGACGGUGUUCCUGAGACGUACGACCAAGCCAAAGAGCUCUUCAGUGACAGUGAAACAGAGGUUAGCGGAACCAACGUUCCUUCUGCUAAGAUUACGCCAGAGUUUGUGCUGUGCCUGGACGCACCUGACGAGAUUCUACAAGAUCGAGUGAUGAACAUGCCUGAAGGUUUGGGGGAGCACAGCACUGUGUAUGAGCUGUUCCUGCAACGCCUGAGCAAAUACAGAGACGACAACAAGGGGGACGAAGCAGAGGACUUCUUUGAUGAGCUGGACAUCCCCUCUACAUGCAGGGAGAUCACCAACGACGACGAGCCAGACAGCAUGAUGCUAAUGCAGAUGGUUACAGAUGCAGUCGGAAAGCCCCGGAACUAUGGACCCACCAAUCUGGAGAUGGAGGAGGAGGAGAGGAGAAAGACUGAGGAGAAGAUGAGGAGAGAGAACCAGCAGAGGGUGCAAGAGGAGCAGAAGGAGAUAGAGGAGGCCAGGCAGAGGGCUGUACGCUGGGAGGAGUGGAGGAAGGGUUUGGAGCAGGUGAGGCAGCAGGAGCAAGAUUUGCUAGAGGCCCAGUCAGCUCCCAUGAAGAACUACCUGAUGGAGCACGUCAUGCCCACUCUGACCAAAGGUCUGAUCGAGUGCUGCAUGGAGCAACCACUGGAUCCUGUAGACUUCCUAGCAGAGUACCUGUUCAAAAACAAUCCCUAUGAUGCAGAGGUCACGUCUUUGACCCUAACAGAUUUAGACCAAAAGGAAGAAGAUGAAGAAAAAGACAAAGAAGAAGUAGAAGUUGAAGGAGAAGAGGAGGAAGAAGAAGAAGCAGAUUGUAGUGAUGAAGACUGAUGAAGAAAAAGUAAAGAACCCUUUUAGGGUAUCUGACCCUUCAAAAUAAAUGAUGUCCAUAAGUCAAUUACCUCCCAGUUAAUUAAUAAAGAAAACCUUUUGGAGAUCCUGAA